UCUCUCCCUCAUUCCCGUUCAUUCCUAAUAAGAUAAUUGAUAAAUUGCCUUAACAGUCAAUAUUCGUGGACUAACUGCUGUGACUCUUACUCUGAUGCGCUCCUCUGUGAGAGUGCGAGCAGCAGCAGCAGCAGCAGCAAAGUUGCAGCAGGACUUUGAGAUGCUCUGAGAGGAACAGCGAGUUCAUCAGGCACGUUUAAACCGUCAGCAGACUCACUUCACAGGUAAUGGCUGAGAGGACAGUGUGUGUCGGGUGCCAGCGGCUCAUCACAGACAGAUUCCUGCUCAGAGUCACUGACAGUCUGUGGCACGAGGAGUGUGUGCGCUGCGCAGCGUGCGGAGACGCGCUCAAGAACUCCUGCUUUCUGCGGGACCGCAAACUUUACUGCAGGCGAGACUAUGCUGAUCUGUUUGCGGUGCGUUGUGGGGGCUGUGCGGAGGCCGUCUUCCCCACAGAGCUGGUGAUGCGUGCAGGAGCCACUGUUUUCCACCUGCGCUGCUUCACCUGCAGCGUUUGUUCCUGCCGCCUGCAGACUGGAGAACACUGCAUCCUCAGGGAGGGACGGCUUCUGUGUGCUAGAGAAGACUAUCACCGAUGUCUGGCCAGCCCGACCUCCUCUGACACAGGUAAAAGUGAUGAUGAUGAGGAAGAAGAGGAGGAGGAAUCCAGUGAAGGGACAGGCAAACAGAUUAAAUCAGAAGAACUGGAAAUCAAACGUCCAAAAAGACCUCGCACUAUUUUGACCACUCAACAAAGACGGACCUUUAAAGCUUCCUUUGAGGUCUCAUCCAAGCCUUGCAGAAAGAUAAGGGAGACCUUGGCAGCAGAGACCGGCCUGAGUGUCCGGGUUGUGCAAGUCUGGUUCCAGAACCAAAGAGCCAAAAUGAAGAAACUGGCCAGGAGACAGCAGCAGCAACAGGAGCAGCAGCAGACUCAGGAACGGCACGAGCACCAUCAUUCAGCGCCCUCUCGUGGUGGAUUACCCUCAGAGAUGGAGCAUCUGGGCUCUUCGUUUCACCACAUUCAGCAGCAGCAGCAGCAGCAGGUGGGGCUCACCACUCUGGAGCCACAGGACUAUGACAUGGACCCCUUCAGGCAGGGCUUGACCCCACCUCAGAUGCCAGGGGAUCACAUGCACCCCUAUGGCUUUAAGAGCCUGUACAGUGACAUCGACAAGGACCCACUUUGUCAGAUGCUUGACAGCGACUGCCUCCCACUAAGUGGCUCCUCUCUACUUACUCCUAUUGACUGUCUCUACUCCAUGCAGGACUCUUACUUCACCUCCUGAGAGUGACGACUCGGUGAGAAUUGGUCCGACUCACUCUACAUCACUGUCUGGUAUCAUCGUUUGUCUCUUUGGAAAAGGAGAAUUGGGUGUAAAAUUAUCUCCAAGUAUGGCAAGUGUCAAGGCUUAUAAUCAAUGUGUAGAUGCACACAAAUCAUAAAAUAUUCAACAACAUUGACAUAGAAACUCUAUGAAACAUGCAUAAAUGGACUGACAAAAAAGACAGAUUAAUGCUGUGUUCAAGACAAAUCAGAAGUCGAGAUUUGUCAAACUUCAACGAGAAUAAGUACAAACUGAGCACAAGAAAAAGUCGUCAUUCUUUUCUGUGAAGUCAGAGCAAAAUUAUUUACCCCAUCGCACGGGGGAAGCUGCUCUCUGAUGUCACACAUCAUAAAACAUAACACUAAAAGGCAACAUGCAGAAUGUUUAUAUUCAAUUCAAAUCAGAUAGUAAAACCUGAUCUAUGUAAA